GCCUGUUAAUGUUGGUGACGAUACGCGUCGCGUCUGCAUUGCGAUCGCGUUCUUACACUCUUACACGCGUUAUAAGUCGUUGUAUGGGGAGACAACAAACACUAGGCAAAUUCUUCGAGAUGCCGAAGGGAGUCAAGCUAGCGCCGCCUCAGCAGUCCCAUCUUGAGGAGAUGUGGGGGAAGAAGAAUCAUCCAGUACAGAAAAUUGCUGAGAUAUCCGAGCAGGAUCAUGCAGACGAGAAGGCUGAAAGCUCGAAACGAAAACAAUCUCCAGCUCCUGAAGAGUUGACAGAGAAACCCUCCCGAUUGAAGAAACGCAAAAUAGUUGAAUCUGAUGUGGAGGAUACCGUCGAUACCCCUGAUGCCUCAAGCUCGAAGAAGAAGGCUCCUAAGAAGAAGGCGGCUCUGAAGCAUGAUUUCAAGCCAACGGAGGAAGAGUCAGAACCGAAAGCGGUGGUUAAGAAGUCCGAACCAAGUGUCGCCUCCAAAAUGAAAGCGAAAGCAGUCGAACCUAAGAAGGAGGACGUUGAGAUGGAAGAGGAGGCAGUUAGCUCCACGGCUACCUCUGAAGUUGAACCAGAGCCGGGAGAGGGUCUUGACGAAGGCGAGGAUGAGAUUGAGGCGGAAGAGGAUGAGGUUGCUUCCAAGAAUGCUGAGGCUGCGUUGUCUAAAACUGAAGCGGUUGAUGUUAAAGGUUGGAAAGAGGGAGACCCCGUCCCUUACACGGCUCUUGCGAAGGCCUUCUCUCUGAUCGAAGCAACAACGAAGCGUAUUGAAAAGACAUCGUUGUUGACUUCUCUUUUCCUGCUGGUCAUACGGCGCCGCGCAAAAGGGGACACGAAUUCUCUCUUGCAGACCGUGUAUCUCUGCAUAAACAAGUUGUGCCCGGACUAUGUUGGCAUAGAAUUAGGUAUCGGCGAGAGUCUUUUGGUAAAGGCUAUCGCGGAAUCCACAGGCCGAAGUCUUGCCACGAUAAAGGCAGACUUGAAGAAAGAAGGAGACCUUGGACUUGUAGCAAUGCAUUCCAAAAACAGUCAGAAGACAUUGUUCAAACCGAAGCCUUUGACAGUGCCCUUCGUCUUCACCAAUCUCAAGGAGAUCGCGCUUAGCACUGGCCAUUCGUCUCAAGGCAAAAAAGUUUCUAUCAUUACGAAAUUACUUGCGGCAUGCCAAGGGUCAGAGGCAAAGUAUAUUGUUCGAAGUUUGGAAGGCAAGCUGCGUAUCGGCAACGCGGAGCGUACUGUGCUUGUUGCCCUUGCACAUGCGGCUGUUCUAGCAGAACAGGAAAGAUCAAACAAGAGAAUGAACAAGGAGCGACUGACCGCCCGGUUAGAGGAAGGAGCCCAUAUCCUGAAGUCCGUCUACAGCGAACUUCCCUCGUAUGAUCUCGUUAUUCCUGCGCUCUUGGAAACUGGCAUCGACAAACUGCGGGAGCAUUGUAAGCUUGUACCAGGUGUUCCCCUGAAGCCCAUGCUUGCCAAACCUACCAAAGCGAUUGGUGAAGUUCUCGACCGAUUUGACGAGAAGCGGUUCACAUGCGAGUACAAAUAUGACGGCGAACGUGCACAGGUACAUAGACUCGAAGAUGGAACCGUGGGUGUGUUUAGCAGGAAUUCGGAGGAUAUGAGUACGAAGUAUCCUGACUUAGUGGAAAACAUACCACAUUGCAUCAAGGAAGGCACGAAGACUUUCGUUUUCGACGCAGAAGCGGUAGCAAUCGACAAGCACGGGAAGCUGCUACCAUUCCAAGAGCUUAGCAAACGGAAACGCAAGGAUGUCAAAGUAGAAGACAUAGAAGUCCGGGUUUGUCUCUUCGCCUUCGAUCUCCUUUACUUGAACGGAGAGUCCUUGCUACAGAGGCCGUUGUACGAACGUCGCGAACUACUCAGACAGCAUUUUCAACCGGUCGACAUGGAGUUCGAUUUCGCAAAGGCUUCGGAUGCUGAGAGUCUGGAUGAGAUCCAACAUUUCAUGGAACAGAGUGUCAAGGAUGGUUGCGAAGGACUUAUGGUUAAGAUGCUGGAAAGUGAAGCUAGCUUCUAUGAACCCAGCAGAAGGAGUGUCAACUGGCUGAAGGUCAAGAAAGACUACCUUGCUGGUAUAGGUGACUCCCUUGACUUGGUUGUUGUUGGGGGAUACCACGGCAAGGGCAAGCGCACAAAUGUCUACGGCGCCUUCCUCCUUGCGUGCUACGACGCCGAUGCAGAAGAGUACCAGACGAUCUGCAAAAUAGGUACCGGUUUCAGUGACGAGAUGUUGCAGUCCCACUAUGAAGCUCUGAAGCCGCUGGAGAUAUCCCAGCCUCGAGGAGACGUGAAAGUCGGUGGAGCGAAACCAGAGGUCUGGUUUGAGCCCAAGAUUGUCUGGGAAGUGUUGACGGCGGACUUAAGUUUGAGUCCGAUUUAUCCUGCCGCGCAAGGCUUGGUCGGCGAGAGGGGAAUAUCUCUUCGCUUCCCGCGAUUCCUUCGAGUUCGUGACGACAAGAGUGCGGAGGAUGCGACAGGGCCAGAUCAGAUUGCUGAGAUGUACGAGAGACAAGUCCUAUCCGGAAGCAAAUCCGGUAAGAAGAAAAAGGAUGGGGCUGAGGAUGACUUUUGGUAAGAUAUUCGGAGGAAGACUCUGAGGAACCAUGCUGUCAGCCUAUCCCACAUUUGUAUAAUUAGUAAUAUAUUGGUAUACAUAUCUAUAGUAACAUCAGCAAGUGCGUACGAAAACGAGGACAACAGGCAAGACGAGUAUGUCAUUUUGCGGCAGCGACCUUUUUGGCUUCUUCUCGCGCUGCUUCUAUGGCCUCUGUGACAGGCCCUUUCUUCGCUGCCUCUUUCUUCUCCUUUCCGCCCAUGUACCAGUAGUUCACGAAGCGACCCU